GGAGUGAAGUCGCGGUGCACCGCUGAUGGAAUCGGCGGCGAGCGGGGAGGAGAGCGAAGCGGCGGGGGAGGGGCACCGGGGGCCGCCGGCGGGGCCACUGCAUCACCCCACGUAUGCCGAGAUGAUGGCCUUAGAUGUUGGAGAUAGUACACAAGUAUAUGCUGCAUUUCUGGUUUUUCUUGACCUUAUGGAAGGCAGGAAUUGGAAGGAUGUGGCUUACAAGGGAUCAAAAGAGCUUCAGUUGGUCUACCUACAGGGCUGUCCUGGAGAACAGGAGGAGGUGAAAGUGGUGGUACCAUUGCCUGUUCAUAUGUCACUGAGUCAUGAGAGGAUUAGAAGAAUCAUGGAGUGUGUCUGUAACCAAAGUGAACAGGAGUUUACCCUGGCCGCUGUAGAUUCAGACUCAACUGUAGUGUAUUAUCAACUUACCAAUGGGUUUGUUGUACCAGAACCACCAGAUGUCAUCGAAGAGCCAGACAGCAAACAGUGUAAAAAGAAACGGAAGAAGUUUCAGAGAUGACCCUUGUUCAUUUUGUUACAUCCUAUUCUGUGUAUUUUUCCAAAAUACAGGUUAUGUCUCUACCAUUUAACUUAAUGAUGUUGCUUGGGGGGAAUCUCCAUUUUUUUUCCCUUUCAUGGUGUUGUCUCUUGCUUUUGGUUUAGUGAAACUGAACCCAUGUUACAAUUGUUUUAUUCAUUGGCUUCAGUCCAAAACAAUCACUUGACUUAAAAUAACAAUUUUCAGUUUAUAUAACAACAUUGAUGUUAUAAAUACUGGAACAUAUUAUAAAUUGUACUUUUUGUAAAAUUUUUUGUUUUUGUUGUGGUUACUUCUUUCCUUUCAUUCCAUCAGAGAGUGCAUGCUGAUCCCCGGCACCUUUAGAAACACUUUCUAUAUUUUGACCUACAAUUCAGUGGGGCUAGAACAUGAUUUGUGCAGAAGGCAAAAACCAGCAGCAUCAUGGGUUAAAAUAAAAAUAAGAAUAUUGCUGGAAAUAUUGAGCAGGUCAGACAGGAUCUGUGGACGGAGAAAAGCUGAUAACCUUUUGUUUCUCUCUCCACAGUUACCACCUGACCUGUUGAACAUUUUCAGUAUUUCCUGUUUUCAUUUCAGAUUUACAGCAGUUAUUUGGUUUUUGAUGGACAAAAGCAAAUCAGCUAAGUAUAUGCAUCCUUACGAUCUGAUAUCCACCCCAUAUCUUUUGAGUGACUUCGUAAACCAGUGUCAGCCAUCCACAAACCUGUUUGAAGAACAAGGUAUAAAUAUAAAUAAAUAUUAACAACAUUAAAAGAGCCAGUCUUAAGAAGAUUGAUAAGUACAGAUUCAAGGGUAAAUUAUUAUUGACCACCAUUAGGAACUGCUAACUUUUGCAACAAUGGGGUGGUAAUGGUUAAACUACCAAAGUAAAAUAAUGGAGCUGUGCAUAUUUGUGAUUGUGUUAGUUGCUAUAGAAAGAAGCUGUUCUCUGUCAGUUAUCUUCAUACAGGACAAGUGAAGUGUGAAAUGGUAGAUAAGAAUAGAAAAUAAAAUAAUUUAACAUACUGUGAAGUCCAGGCUACAAGUCACAAUGGAAUGCAUGAUUAAUACUCUCUAAACCAUGGCAUUGUUUAAAUGGGGUUGGUGUGAUGUUUACACCAUCAUAAGCUUUUAAUGGGAAUUUAGUGACCUAUAAUAACAAAGCUGGACUUGUCAUUUAUGACAUGCUUUAUAAGAAGUUGUAAGAAGAUGUUACCUAAAUAUUUAUAGCCAAAAUGUAUCACAUCUUGUUUACGACAGUAUGAUGGUUGAAAUCCAUGGUGCAUUGUAACCCAGACCAUUACAUUAAAAGAAUUUUUA